AUGCUCGUCUCAGAAGCCAUUGGCAAGGACCACCAGUAUCUCGACGAAUGCUACGAGAAUCUCAAAACUGCUUCUACCACCGACGACAAGAUCAAAUGGCGAAACAUGCUCACCUGGAACUUAGCCCGUCACGCCAUCAGUGAAGAGCUGACCGUCUACCCCGCAAUGGAGAAACAUCUUGGAGAAGAAGGAAAAGCACUUACGAAGGAUGACUUUGAACAACACGCAGCUGUAAAGAAAGACUUCUACACUCUGCAAUCUCUCUCGCCCUCCGACCCGAAGUUCUCACCUCUCCUCGAACAAUUGAUGCAAGACCUACACUUCCACAUCGAGCACGAGAAGAACGAAGACAUGCCCCGUCUGGAGAAAGCGAUCUCGCAGUCUGAAUCAGAAGCCAUUGCCAAACAGUUUAUAAGGACAAAGCAAAUUGUUCCUACGAAAUCUCAUCCCGGAGCGCCGACUAGUAAU